UUAUUUUUAAAUGUACACAAUCGAAUGGAUCAAAUAGUUAAAGUACUCAAAAUUUCGGAGAUCUUGACAUCUUUUCUGAGAAAAUUCUUUGUGUUUCAAAAAAAUCUGACAUAACCUUUUUUAAAUUAAAAACUAAAAAUGAAUAUAAUAAAAUGUAUUGGUAUAUUACAACGCUAUUCAAGUGUAAUAAUAUCCACCAAACGAUUUAUGUUAAAACAAUCGAUUAAUCACAUAAUGAAUAAAAAGGUGUUCGACAGAUACAUACGGCUUCCUGUGCCUUGUAACAAAGUUUUGGCUACAUACUUCUGGAUCGAUGGUUCAGGUAUUAAUUUAAGGAAUAAAGACAGAAUUCUCAACUGUACCCCCUAUACUGCAGAUGCUGCACCAGGAUGGGCUUUUGAUGGUAGCUCAACCGGACAAGCGACAACGGCAAAUUCUGAUACAAGUUUGAAACCAUGUGCAGUUUAUAAGGAUCCGUUUAGAUUAGAACCUCAUGUUGUUGUAUUAGCUGAAGUUUAUAUGGGUGAUGGAAAACCAGCUCUUACCAACCAUAGGAAAUUCUGCAAUGACUUGUGUGAAUUUCACAAGGCUGAAGAACCAUGGUUUGGGUUGGAACAGGAAUAUACCAUGCUGGAUGUUGACGGCUGGGGUCUGGGUUGGCCUAAAGGUGGUGGUUUUCCAGCUGUCAACUAUGAAUUUUCAUAUUGUGGAGUGGGUGCUAAAUAUAUUGCUGGUAGAGACGUAUGCGAAUCUCACGCAAAAGCUUGUCUUUAUGCCGGAUGUGAUUUUGAAGGAACCAACGCAGAAGUAAUGUUUGCGUGCUGGGAAUGGCAGAUUGGAACAACAAUUGGAAUAAAGGCUGCUGAUGAUAUGUGGAUGUCAAGAUAUGUAAUGUCCCGUGUAUCUGAAGAUUACGGUGUUGUUGUUACCUACCAUCCUAAGCCCAUGGGUGCGAAACACCCUGGUGUCGGCAUGCAUCAUAACUUUAGUACUAAAAGAAUGAGAUCCGAUGGUGGUUUUAAAUUCAUUGAAGAAUGUAUAGGGCGAUUAGAAAAGAACCAUAUGAAACAUAUGAAAAACUAUGGAAACGAUGAGAUGACUAACAGACAGCGUCUAUCUGGCAAAUUUGAGACUGCACCAUUUGAUAAGUUUUCUUGGGGAAUGGCUAAUAGAAAAGCUUCAAUUCGUUUGCCACGAAACAUUAAAACUGUUGGAAAAGGCUUUAUGGAAGACAGAAGACCUGGUGGAGAUUGUGAUCCUUACCUCGUCUGUGGCUUGUUAAUGGAUACUUGUUUAGGAUCUGCUCCUGGGGGUGGCUCCACCAAAAAAUGUUAGAAUCGUAUAAUCGUCUAGGUAGUGAGCUACAAGUGUUUAUAUAUAGAUGGCUAUCUGUAUUAUUAUUGAGUACUUAUACUUAUACAUACAAAUUUAAAAAGUUUUGUAUCAAGUUUAUUUUAUUUAAUAUGUCUGAAAUUAUAGUCUUGUCAAAUAA